UUUUUUAAUUUUCAUUGUUUUAUACUUGAACCAAUAGUAAUUUAUCUAGUAAAAAAAAUUAAAGAUAUCUGUAGUCAAAAUUAAAUUCUUUUAUUAAUUUUUUUUGUUAAGAAAAUUAAUUAUUCAUGUCCCAUUUACAGCCAAAUCUUCGUUAAGAAUAAUUGAAAUUCCUCGUUUAAAAGUGAUAUUGUAUAAUUGCACGAUCGAGCAAUUUCUUUUGUAUAUACUUAACUACACGUCAGUAGUAUCGAGAAUAAAAGUUUUAUACACGAUCAAGAUACAACACCAAUCAUUCGUUGGAUUAAAAAUUAAAAGAUAUACUCUAUUUUCGUUAACUUUUCUGAAACGCUACACAUAUUCGAGUAUACGCAUACAUAAGCACGAUGCAUGUAUUAACGAGUAUCGGAUAAAUGUGCACCUACAUAAGCCUUUAUUCAAAAAAUGUGAUACGAUAUCUAAUCGUAGUGGCUCAUGAAUACAUGUAGCUGUAAUCUGUUUGAAUGCUUGUAAUAAAGAUUAAACUAAUUGAUAAUAAUGGUCCAUAGUCUACAAUGUUAAUGUGGAAUUAUGUAAAGAAAAAUCUAAAAUUACCGACUAAUAACCGUGACGAUUAAACAAAAUAAUAUAAAUACAACGAAAGUGUGUGUAGUCUGCAUAUCAAGCGAAUCUGAAGAAAGUGACCUCAUCUAAUCUAACUCUGAUCCAAACGUUACAUUAGUCUUCAAAAGUGCCUUUCGUCUCUAAAUAUAAACAAUGGGAGACGGAAUAAGAUUACGUCAGCAUGUUACAAAAAGAUCUUCUAGUGAUAUACUAUACGAAGAUAAAACUUCUUCAAAGAAGAAGGAAAUACUGCCGAAUGAAACUCAACAUUUGCUUUUCCUUUUUACAUUUUAUCUUUUCUUGUCCAUUAUCAUAAUUGCUUUCGAAAAAAAAUUGCCUGAACCGUUAAUGAUAAGUAAGAAGGGUCUAUACCCAGAAAGAUUUAUAGCAGAAAGAGCACAUAAUCACCUUCUAAAUCUUACAUCCAUUGGUCCGCGGAUCGUUGGAAGUUAUGAGAAUGAAGUAUUGGCUAUUAAAUAUUUAACAAACAGUAUCAAUAACAUAAUUAAAGAUGCCAAUGAAAAUCAUAAGAUUUUAGUCAAUGUAACUAAACAUAGUGGAGCUUUUCCCUUAAAAUUUCUUGAUGGAAUGACAAAUGUUUAUAGAAAUGUUCAAAAUGUCAUUGUUAAAAUUGGCCCGCAUAGACCUACGCAAAGCAGUCUAUUGAUAAAUUGUCACUUUGACACUUUUCCUGAAAGUCCUGGUGGUUCUGAUGAUGGGGCUGGGUGUGCUGUGAUGUUAGAAACUUUGCGUGUAAUUGCUCAUAGUUCAAAGUUGUUAAAGCAUAAUAUUAUAUUUUUAUUUAAUGGUGCUGAAGAAAAUUUAUUACAGGCUUCCCAUGGCUUUAUAACACAACAUCCUUGGGCUAAGGAAGUGCGUGCUUUUAUAAAUUUAGAGGCGUGUGGUGCAGGUGGUCGCGAAUUGUUAUUUCAGGCUGGACCUGACAGCUCUUGGAUUCUUCAGAUAUAUGCUAAGUCUGUCCCCUACCCAUACGCAUCGUCUUUAGCUCAAGAAAUAUUUGAAAGUGGUAUCGUACCCGGAGAUACUGAUUUUCGAAUUUUUAGAGAUUUUGGAAAUGUUUCUGGUCUUGACUUUGCUUGGGCAACCAAUGGCUACGUAUACCAUACAAAAUUUGAUAAUAUCCAACAAAUACCAUUAGGAUCUUUGCAAAGAACUGGAGAUAAUAUUCUCGCUCUGUUACAAGGGAUAGUUUUAGAAAAUUAUUUGUCCGAGGCUGCGUUUCAAGAGAACGUAGGGAAUCUCGUGUUUUUUGAUUUCUUAGGCGCAUUUGUUAUCAGAUGGUCGCAAUACGUGGCAAGCACAAUUAAUAUCGUUAGUAUAAUCGCUGGUAUAUAUUCAAUAUAUCUAAACACUAAAAGUGCACGGCGAGAUGCGAAAAGAUCGAUAUACUUAAAACAUUUAGUAUUAUGUAUUGGGGCAAUAAUUAUUUCAUGGCUAGUCUCGAUUUUAUCGUGCACAUUGAUUGCACUGAUCCUUACAAAACUUGGGAAAGUUAUGAGUUGGUAUGCAAGACCAGCGUGGCUUUUUUUCUUAUACGUAUGCCCAACUAUUUUCGUAUCGAUGACAUUCUUCUCGUAUGUUGGAUCACGACAAAAGAAGGAGGUUAAGUCUACAUGGGUAUUAUAUCAAAUAUAUUGCGAUGCAUAUUCUAUAAUGUGGAUGUCUAUUCUCUUCUGUUGUGUUCUGUUUGAAAUCCGAUCUGGUUUCAUACCAUUACAUUGGGUCGUAUUUCCCACAGUUGGAAAUUUACUUCGAUAUCACUUCUUUAACAAAUGGAGAGGCUGGAAAUGGCUUUUUUAUUAUUUAGCAACAAUGUGCUUACCUUAUAUACAGUCCUUUUAUUUAGUAAUAGGAGCUCUUUAUCUUUUCAUUCCGAUAAUGGGACGAUCUGGUAGUAGUAUAAAUUCCGAAGUUGUUAUGGCUAACAUGUUAUGCAUAUUGUUUUGUUUACUGCUUAGUUUCACGUUACCAAUUGUACUUUUGAUUAAAAACGCCGAACGCAUUCUAAGCGUGCUGGUUGGAAUAUUUCUAAUAACUAUCGGUGUAUUGAUUCUGACUCCGCUCGGUUUUCCUUAUAGCGGUGAUUUGUCAUCUUUGGCACCAGAACGAUUUAUGAUCGCGCACUCGCAAAGACAAUAUUAUGACAUUAAUGGUAACCUACGGUAUUCGGGAACUGGAUAUUGGAUAGCUGAUCUAGAUAUGAAUAGCCCACACAGCGUGGAAGCUAUGGUACCUGAAAUAGGUGCUGUAACACCAACGGUAAAAGAUUGCGAGAAAGAGUUGUACUGCGGUCUACCAUAUUUUAUGCCUGUUACAACAUUUUUAUGGAAAACAAGCUGGAUUCCAGGUCCUGCGCCACUUAUCAGUAUUCCAACAAAACUUGAGCUCAUUUCAAAAACAACGAAACAAAAUAUUGUCAGUUUCACUUUCAAUGUUACAGGUCCAGAUCAUAUAAGCAUAAUUUUAUCUCCGUACAAAGGGGUUCAUUUAGAAAAAUGGUCGGUCGUAGAGGGUAAACCGUUAGAAGGACCUAAAUGGAACGAUAGAGAAACGUAUUUUAUUUAUUAUUCUUGUGCAUCCGAUUGUGUUCCUUUUACAUUUUCUUUCGAAUUGAAUGUGAAUAACAUGCCAAAAACUCCAUGCUUAUCGGUGGCGUUAGGUGGCCACUUUUUGCAUGGCGAACAUCAAACAUCAUUGAGAUUCAAACGAUUUUUAGCACAAUUUCCAUCUUGGACAGUGGUCACUCCAUGGACAGCGACGUAUACAUCUUGGCAAUUUUAAUACUAUGUCAAGCUGUUCCACGUAUACAGAAUGCAUUUGCAAGAAAGUAGUCGGCGGGAGCCUAACGAAAACGACACUGUACUAGGAUAGCCAUAGAUACGUCUAAAAGACGCAUAAUAUCUAAACAAUGCAAACUUAUAAGCUUAAGGGUUAGAGUAAUCCCAUAUUAUAUACACAAAUUCCUUAAAUUGCAAUAUAGCAAGAUACACCAAGAUUAACACUUAAAAAGAAAUAUUGAAGAAUGAAAUGUCUUUCAUUCUAUUUAUAUAACAUUUUUUACUAGUACAUUACCGAUACCAUUUUUGGAAGUAGUCUUAAGAUACGAAUCGAAGAACGAUACGAGAGUAAAUAUUGCCAUGAAAAUGUUUCUAUUUCCAAUGGUCGUAAUUGUCUAUCGUAGGGAUCCAAUAUGAUUUAGCAUAUCAAACGUAUGCCUUAGAAUAAUUACGGCUACAUUUAAAUUUUAAAUGCUUUAAAUUUAUCUGAUAGGGAAUCUAGAAGAUUGAAAAGCUUUAAAAUUGAACUGUCCGUACGAUUGGAUACAAAUUGUUUCUGUUUUUUUUUUCUUCUUCUUCUAGUCGAAGAA